AUGGCCUUGGAUAAACUUCAAGUGGACCCAAAUUGCAACGAAACAGUUCCCACUGUAAAAGAAAUUGGAAACAAGUCAAAGAGAACUACAAGCGCGGUGAGUUUGAGCAGAAUGAGUUCCAAGAAUCUGGAAUACCUCAGGUUGAAGCUGAUGAGAGACGCUCAAUUUGUGAAGUUGACAAAUGCUUCGGAAAGGCUCUUGGACAUCAAAAUUCUUGGAGCUGCCGAUCUUAUGCAAGAACUGAAAGCGGAGAGGACUUUGUUGGAAAACUUAAAGAAAAAACUCAUUGAAUCCAAAAUCAUGGCUCUGAAGAACGAAAAAGACGAAUCAAAAACUGCCUCAGAUAAGAAAAUGAGCACGGUGAAGAUAUCAGAAAUUAACUUUACCAUAGAACCAGACUCAAGUUUCUUUAGAGACUACUGGAUGAUUGCUGUGACACACAACGACGAUCUUUACAUGUCGGAACCAAUGAUGCCUGAUAAGGACGGAAAACUGAGCUUCAAGGAUGAAUUCACUGUGUUCGAUUUCGAAGACUCACUUGAUGUUCAAGUUGAAGUGUUCUCUAUAAGGCUACAUGGCGGCCGAGCUGAUGACGACAGUGCCAAUUGCAGUGAGGAUUGGUGUAAUCUUUCAUUCUACGAUGAUUUCAAAAUCAACGGGUCACGAAUAGUGAAGUCAUCCUUCCAGAGUUGUGGUAAAUUCACACUUACAGCCAAGUCUACGAAAUCCUCGUUCAAUAAGUUGACGUCAAGAAUGUUGAGUGAUCUAUCAGCACCCUUGAUGUUGAAUAAGCUGUCACCAACCAAGCUAAAGGAGAAUAUCGGCAGAUGUCUUAGUGUUGAUAUGUUGUGUACGAUGUAA